CCCUUCUGUGCCGUGCGGGGUGUGUGCGCGCGCUCGCGCGCUCGCGUCUGAAGGGGUGGCGUGCGCGCGCCUCGAGAGGCGGCCGGUGGCUUUGUGUCCGUAGGCGAUCCGCUUUGCGUACGACGGGGAGCGUACACGAAGGCUCUUUUCAGGUCAACAUGUCCAGCAAAAUCUGUGGCGGAUCUGUGGUGGAGAUGCAAGGAGAUGAGAUGACUCGAGUAAUUUGGGAAUUGAUUAAAGAAAAGCUUAUUUUCCCUUAUGUUGAUCUGGAUCUGCACAGCUAUGAUUUGGGCAUAGAGAAUCGGGAUGCUACUAAUGACAAGGUCACCUCAGAGGCUGCCGAAGCCAUAAAGAAAUAUAACGUGGGCAUCAAGUGUGCGACAAUCACCCCAGACGAGAAGAGGGUUGAGGAAUUCAAGCUGAAGCAGAUGUGGAAGUCGCCCAAUGGAACUAUCCGAAACAUCCUCGGGGGCACUGUCUUCAGGGAAGCCAUUAUCUGUAAAAACAUUCCCCGACUUGUGUCUGGCUGGGUAAAACCAAUCAUCAUAGGCCGUCAUGCUUAUGGAGACCAAUACAGGGCAACAGAUUUUGUAGUUCCUAGACCUGGCAAGGUGGAGAUGGUUUACACUCCCCAGGAUGGCGGCAAAGCAGUGACAUAUUUGGUCCAUAAUUUUGAAGCUGGCGGUGGCGUCGCUAUGGGAAUGUACAACCUUGAUCAAUCAAUCAGAGACUUUGCACAUAGUUCCUUCCAGAUGGCACUUUCUAAAAGCUGGCCCCUCUACAUGAGCACCAAAAACACUAUUCUGAAGAGAUACGAUGGACGUUUUAAAGACAUCUUCCAAGAGAUUUAUGAAAAGCAAUACAGAAGCAAGUUUGAAGCCAAGAAGAUCUGGUAUGAGCACAGGCUCAUUGAUGAUAUGGUGGCCCAAGCCAUGAAAUCAGAAGGAGGCUUCAUUUGGGCCUGUAAGAAUUAUGAUGGCGAUGUUCAGUCUGACUCUGUGGCCCAAGCCUCCAUCUUUGCCUGGAGUCGAGGACUAGCUCACCGAGCCAAGCUGGAUAACAACACAGAACUAAGCACCUUUGCAACCACCUUGGAAGAUGUUUGCGUCGAGACCAUUGAGGCAGGCUUCAUGACCAAGGACCUAGCUGCUUGCAUUAAAGGCUUGCCCAAUGUGCAACGCUCUGACUACCUAAAUACCUUUGAGUUCAUGGACAAGCUUGGUGAAAACUUGAAGGCAAAACUGGCCUCUCAGGCAAAACUUUAAGAUUUUGCUCGGGCUGGAUGAGGAGGCUGUCCCUGGGUAACCUUUUCUGGGUGAAACUCAAAGGUUAAGCAAAACCAACUUUGUGAUUUUUCUGUGACUCAGAAAUUAAUUUUUUCUAUGAGUUUUAAAACUUUUCUUACACUUGAGUCCAUCUGUGUCAGUGUCAGGCGGGAAAAUCCCACAGACAUUUUAUAGCCAUUAGUGGGUUCUUUUCUUCCCAUGUUAUUCUUACUAUCACUUUUCUUCUCUUAUUCUGAAGUAGACCAAAGUGGAAAGGGUGUUCAAUAUGAAAGGACACAGCCACAGCAGCAGGGAUAUCCCCUGCAAUGGCCAGUGGAGAGGCUGGCCCUAACUCUUCUUUCCCAAUACCGUGCGGGGACCAAGGUGUUGGGUGGAGUGAACUGAUAGGUCAGGGCUAUGAAGAGAGGGAAGGCAUGCUGUGGCAAGCAGGAGGAGCGGUGUGAGCCCCGUCAUUGGGAGUCCUGUGAAGUUAGAAGGUAGGAUGUGUCUGGUUUUGAUUCUGUGCUUAACUGGGCAGGGACAGGAUGUGUGUUUGUGACCAGAAAUUGUGCAUUUCAACAAAAGUGCUCCUAGAGGAAGUUCUUCAUCCAUAUUUCAGAAUUAUGAUUAAAGACUGUCCCAGCCAUGACGUCUCUCCAAA